AUUCAGCCACAGUUGAUUGUUAAUGUACCAGGCAGGAGAUUAAAUUUUGACAAGUUGUUGUUAUUGAAAUAAUCUCCUUACUAUGGUUCUCGAAGGCUGUUCUCUUUGAAACUGUGUAAUCAAGGCAUUGUUGCAAGGUUAAAGCACUAGUUAACAGUUACAGCAAUGUCUGAGAAGAAGAAAACCUCAGAGGAUGAUGUUCACCAGUGUCUAGUAAACAAGCAGUCAAUUGAAGGGUCAUCAUAUCGGCACAUUGCCAAUGUCAGUGUUGUGCACCCAUCACCAUGCCGAAGCAGCGAAGAUGAACAGACAACUGCAGAUCGAGCUGAUGCCGAUAGUCUUGACUCUGGUAUUGGCCUCAUCGACAUGGGACAGAGGCAGCCUGGAGUUGGACUUGAUUCAGUCAGUUCUGUGUCUUUGUAUAACUCACAAGAGAGGCAGCAUCCUGCAGGGAAAACUCCCGGUCAGGAGGAAUCUCAGCCUCGAUCUUGUUCCAUGAACAAGACCAACAUCCAAGUCCGGCCACUACCCGAAGGAGCACAAUCAGAAGAUCAGCAACUGUCCAAGUCCAGUCCACAGGCACAGUCCAGGUCCAGUCCACAGGCACAGUCCAGGUCCAGUCCACAGGCACAGUCCUUUCCGCAGUCCAGGUCCAGUCCACAGCCACAAACAGUGAUGUCAUCCAUUUCACAUUCCAGCGCACCAGCAAAUUUUGCUCAGAAAGAUGCCCCUCCGGCCACAGAAAGUGUUGGGAUUAAGUCAGGUCUCGAGAAGACCGUCAGUUUAGGUACAGUAGGAAUUCAGAUUGGGCUGCAGUUGACUGGUACUGUCCAGGAGCAUUCUCGUAACACUGAUAUGACAAAUGGAUGUCAGACAUCAAGUUCUUUGGAAAGUGUGACUACCUCUUCUGCUGAGGACGCCGACAUUCAGGUGGAGUUGCGAAAGUCUUGUAAUCGUCAUAGGCUGAAACAUUCCAACUCUGAGACAGACGCAAUCAUGGACGCCAGGAGGAGAAGUCAGUCGAUGGCAGAGAUUAAGGAGCAUGCCUACCAGAGACUGCAGGAGGAGCUGGACAAGGCCCAGACAGAUCUGCGACUCAAAGACGAAGAAGUUGGGAAAUUGUCGAAGGUUCGUUACCAGAUGGAACAAGAACUGGAUGAUUUGACUGCAUCACUGUUUGAGGAGGCUAAUAAAAUGGUCCAGGAUGCAAAUGUGAAGAGGAUCCAUACUGAAAAAUUGCUUCAAGAAGCAACACAACAGAUUGAGGUCCUCCAAGCCGAGGUCGAGGCACUGAAACAGCUGGUCCUGACCUCCACACCAAGCUCACCGAACAAGCACCUCCACCCACAGAUAGCAGACGGCAAAGAAAAGAAAUCGUCGAAACCUUUCUGGAAAACCCACCGACGUUCAACUAGUCACCAUGAGUUCACCAAGGAAUCAAGGCAGCAGGCAGAGGCACAGCAAGGGAAAGAACCAGUCACCUGUAAAGAGUUUGACACUGUAUGCUAUGAUGAAUUUCUGCGAUGGCGACACAAUGAAGAUUUGGAAACAUCUAACGUAUUCGUACAGAGAGUAAAAGUGGAAGAUAUUUACCCCUGUCUUAAUUUCUCAAAUAAAAAGUUGUCUGAAAGGGUCAAAGUGUGUGUGGAUAACAAUUCUCUGACAAUAGAGCCUAUUCCAGUUCAGAAUUCUUACCCACGAAAAUGCUUGCUGACAGAGACACACAAACUGUGUAACUAUCGAAUCCGACUGGACGAUGGUCAGAACUGGUACUCUAUAUCUCAGAUGUGUCGCAAUAGGAUAGCAUCUGUGUGUGAUUUUUACACAUAUAUUCGAUAUAUUCGUCAGGGACUCGUCAAAACAGAAGAUAAAGAAGCAUUUAUUGAGAUUGUUCGACUGCGUCGACAGAUGGCUUUAACUAGACUUGGAUUAGCAUAAAGUUAGCCAUAGACUGGCAUAGUUGUCAUCCACAGGUCUUUCUAGAUUUCAUAGGUCUCAUUUUAGUCACACACAUUGAAUAUUUUUAAACAGAAGUCAAAUAUAUUUUGUGUAUAUGGGUGAAGUUUGUUUUUUAAUAUGUAUAUGUGUGAGGAUGUUUACUCUUUGUUUUUCUUUCUUACUACUGUGAAGAACCACUAGAUUGUGAUGAUUGUGCAAUGGUAGAUACAUUUAGUAGCUGAUGCAAUAUUAUUGCGUUAUGUUACAUUGUUGUUUUGUGGUUCACAGUACACAACAGAACAGUGAGUGCAACGAACAUUUCACUCAGUAUUAUCAUUUGUAUAUACAGAGUAUAUUUUGUAAGAUAAAAUAAUCUUAUAUUCACAUUUAUCUUCUCUUCUUGUGUAAGUCAAAACAUACCACAAUGAAUUUGUAACAUACGUGUAACACUAUUUUCAUGACAAAUAUGUAGGCAUUGAAUUUAAAAUUACAUUUUUUAAUCUUGAAGAAUAAUUUUGUUUUUUUGUUUCUGAAUACAACUCCAGCAGUUGACAAUAUUGCCUUAUGCCCCUUUUUGCACUCUCUUGGAUCAAUAUAUUUCUUGUUAUUCUGGCUGGAUUGUUUCAUUGCUUUGUUGGAUAUUUUUACCGUUUGUUUAACAGGGGUAGACACAUGGAAAAUAUUUUAGCGACCAUUCACUGGAGUUCGUCCUUCAAAAUUUCUAUGAGUAUGUCAGUCUGUGGUGUAAUAUAGUGUCACAGUAUUGCAAUAAAAACAUAACUUCAAAUAACCAUUCAGAAAGAAAAUUGUUCAUUUAGUAAGUCCCUUAAGGAGCAUAGCACAAAAGGGGGGAAAAUGAACCCAAUGUUUAUAACUCUUCUCUUGCUAACCGGCCUCUGUGGUGUCGUGGUUAGGCCAUCGGUCAACAGGCUGGUAGGUACUGGGUUCGGAUCCCAGUCGAGGCAUGGGAUUUUGAAUCCAGAUACCGACUCCAAACCCUGAGUGAGUGC